AUGACAUCCAUCACAAGGAUACGGACCUAUUUUUUUGUAUGCUGCUUCCUGUUUAGCUUGGUGCUUCCUGUGAAAUCACAAAAAGUGGUGCAGACCCCACAGGCUCAAAGUGCUGACUCCCAAGUGAUCACAGCUUUGCUACAGGAGGAAGAGGAAUAUUCCUCAUUUCAUGCUGAAAAUCCAGAGUGGACAUUUAACCAUUUAGCUGUGGAUUAUCGGAAUGGCAAUGUUUAUUUGGGAGCUGUAAAUCGCAUAUACAAACUGUCUCCUUCAUUGGAGGUCCAGAAGUUCCACGAGACUGGUCCAGACGAUGAUAACCGCAAGUGCUAUCCACCACGUAUUGUUCAGCCCUGCAGUGAGCCAUUGACACUCACCAACAAUGUCAAUAAGAUGCUUUUGAUGGACUAUAAGGAGAACCGGUUGCUGGCUUGUGGCAGCCUAUACCAAGGCAUCUGCAAACUCCUUCGUCUAGAUGACCUCUUCAAGCUUGGAGAGCCCUUCCACAAGAAAGAGCACUACCUCUCUGGUGUAAAUGAGAGUGGCUCUGUGUUUGGUGUCAUUGUUUCGUAUGGCAAUGCUUCUCCAGACAUGCUCUUUAUAGCCACAGCAGUUGAUGGCAAGCCAGAAUACUUCCCUACCAUCUCAAGCCGAAAGCUGACCAGGAACUCGGAGGAGGACGGGAUGUUUGCCUAUGUCUUCCAUGAUGAGUUUGUCGCUUCACUGAUUAAAAUUCCCUCAGAUACCUUCACAGUUAUUCCAGAAUUCGACAUAUAUUACAUUUAUGGCUUUGCCAGUGGGAACUUUGUGUACUUCCUCACAUUACAGCCCGAAAUGGGAGGUGGACCAGCCACUGGAUCCUCCUCUUCUGGUCGGGAACAGGUUUACACCUCCAAAAUAGUCCGCCUCUGUAAGGCUGACACUGCUUUCAACUCUUAUGUUGAGGUACCUAUUGGUUGCAUUAGUGGCAAUGUGGAGUACAGACUACUGGAGGCAGCCUACCUUUCAAAAGCUGGUUCCAUUUUGGCACGCUCACUAGAUGUGGCACCGGAUGAUGAUGUGCUGUUUGCCAUCUUCUCAAAAGGCCAGAAGAGACGUCCACGGCAGGCCUCCCAGGACUCUGCUCUAUGUGUUUUCUCUCUGAGAAAGAUCAAUGAGAAAAUCAAGGAAAGGCUGCAGUCUUGCUACAAGGGAGAGGGCACACUGGACCUGGCCUGGCUGAAAGUGAAAGACGUUCACUGCAGCAGCGCGCUCCUGACCAUUGAUGAUGAUUUUUGUGGUCUGGACAUGAACGCACCAUUGGGUGUGUCUGAGAUGGUGCGUGGAAAGCCUCUCUUCUCCGACGCUGCUGACAAAAUGACCUCUGUGAUUGCCUACGUCUACAAGAAUCACUCAUUAGUCUUCGUGGGUACAAAAAGUGGACGAGUCAAGAAGGAAGCCAACAGGAGUCUGGUAAAGAUUCACAAAUAUGACAGCUUAGUGGUGGUGAUGAAAUAG